GUGGGUAUCUUGUAUGUUGCAGUGUUCCAUACGCGAUGGUGUUAUGUAGCAAUAAAACAAUCCCGCGGGGACCUUUAUGCAUUAUACACUUACAUGAGGAUUAUGUGGGUGACACGACAGAUGAGCAAAAAGAACCUGACCAUUCCAGACAUAUUCCAUGAUGUUGUCAACAGACAACCAGACAAACCAUGUUUCUUAUACCAGGAUGAAGUGUGGAGUUUUAAGGAGGUGGAAGAUUUCAGCCUUCGCGUGACAGCAGCACUAAAGGCGCAGGGCGGCAAGAAGGGCGAUAUAGUCGGCUUGUUAUUAAAUAACUGCCCUCAAAUGCCGGCUAUAUGGAUGGGCAUAGCACGGCUUGGUGCUGUCACACCACUUAUAAAUACAAACCAGCGGGGCAAUGCACUUGUACAUUCCAUAAAUGUCGCCAAAUGCGAUUACCUUAUAUUUAAUGAUGAGUAUAUGACAGCUAUACAAGACGUCCAAUCUGAACUGAGUCCUAGCCUUAAGCUAUAUAAGUUUACACACCGGCCACUGAAUCCGUCGAACCCUAAAUCCCAGAAUAGUGGGGAUGCCGUCGCAGAUUUUACUAAUAUUUUGGAAACCACACCGCCUGCCGAUUGGACCCUUGCGAAUGCAGACGGGUUUGAAGGGAAAUUGUUAUAUAUCUAUACUUCUGGAACUACCGGACUGCCUAAAGCCGCUGUGAUAUCAAAUGCCAGAUUCGUGUUCAUGGCAACCGGCAUACAUUUCUGGCGUCUAAAUACGUCCGACGUCAUUUAUUGUCCAUUGCCGCUGUACCACACCGCCGGAGGAGUGAUAAGCGUCGGUCAAGCACUCGUGCUGGGUUGCACAGUUAUUCUAAAAGCGAAAUUUUCCGCAUCGCAAUAUUUCCCCGACUGUGUCAAGUACAAGGCGACGGCGGCGCACUACAUCGGCGAGAUGUGUCGGUACGUGCUGGCCACGCCGCCGUCGCCCGCCGACACGCAGCACUCCGUGCGCGUCAUCUACGGGAACGGACUGAGGCCGCAGAUAUGGGUGGAUUUCUUGAAAAGAUUUAAAAUUAAAUACGUAACCGAGUUCUACGGCGCCACGGAGGGAAAUGCGAAUAUUGCGAACACUGACGGGACGCCGGGCGCCAUCGGGUUCGUGUCCCGGAUCUUCCCCAGCGUGUAUCCCAUCGCUAUAAUCAAGGUCAAUCAAGAGACCGGAGAGCCCGUGAGAGAUUCGAGAGGGCUAUGCCAGAUAGCAAAUCCUGACGAGCCUGGCGUGUUCAUCGGCAAGAUCCAGGCGCACAACCCAGCCCGCCAGUACCUCGGGUACGUCGACAAGACAGCAUCUGAGAAGAAGGUCGUCAGGGAUGUGUUCAAACACGGCGAUGCGGCUUUUAUAUCCGGCGACAUCCUGGUGGCGGACGAGCUCGGCUACCUGUACUUCCGCGACCGCACCGGCGACACGUUCCGCUGGCGCGGCGAGAACGUCUCCACCACUGAAGUCGAAGCCGUCGUCUCGAGGUUCGCGGACCAAAGAGACGCUGUGGUUUAUGGAGUCCUGGUACCAAAUUCAGAGGGUAGGGCGGGGAUGUGUGGCAUAGUCGACGUGGACGGCACUCUGGACCUGGACAAGGUUUACGAAGACCUGGCGAAGAACCUGCCGGCGUACGCGAGACCGGUGUUCAUGCGCAUCAUGAACAGUGUCGAUAUGACAGGUACUUUUAAAAUGAAGAAGACUGAUCUACAAAAAGAAGGUUUUGAUCCGAGUUUGGUAAAGAACGACAAACUGUACUAUUUAGAUUUAAAACAAGGCCGAUAUCAGCCUUUAGGCCCGGAGGAGUAUAAAAAAAUCCUGAGCGGGGACAUUAGGAUAUAAUUAGAGAAUCAGUGUUUAAUCAAUAAAUCAUUAGAAAAAUAUUUGCUCAUGAUUGUUACUUUGUCUGUUAAAAUGUUAACUCUUUUAUGUAAUUUUAUUUUUUACAUGUCAAUGUACAACUACGCUAUUUGUUAUAACGAGUUUUAAGAUGUAAAUGUAUGAAUCAUCUAAUUAUUGUUUUCUGAUAUGCAGCGAGUUCGAAACAUAAUAAUUCAGUUAUCUACAGCAUAUCAGAUGCAUUUAGUCAAAAUUUAUCUGCAUUAGCCAACAGCCCUAUCAUAAAAAAUAUAAAAGCCGUGUUAUCAAAUUAAUUAUUUUUAACAGUGGCGUAGCUUGCCCUAUAUCGAUAUUGGAUGGUGGCAUUUUAGGACAGUGCGUACUUUUGGACGCCCGUUAUAUUUAAUUAAAAUUUAGAAGGGGUCCCUAAAAUUUGGGGCCCUCACUUUGGGCUCAUACCACUAAUACGGCUGAUACGGCAUUGGCUACGUCCCUGCUUUUUAACAUAAAUAUGUUAUCGCAUUUCGGAAUACACACUAGUAAUUCAUUGUAAUUGAGGUCGUCGUCGUACGAUUUAAUACAUAUUUUUCUAUAAAAGUAGAUGAAAUAGGAGGCUUUUGAAUACAUGUUAGCAAUCGACGCUUGAACGGCAAUCAUAGCGACAAUUAUACCGAAAA